AAAAAAGCUUCAAAUUAUAGCUGAACAUGGGCCUGUGAGUAAAGUAUUAAAGUAGUGGAUAUAUCAUCAGCUUACUGUUAAGGACUAAAGUAGAGCCUUGACGAUUACCUUCCAAGGGCCCAACACCCAUUACAUGGGCCUGUGAGUACAAGUCGGAUCUAUUACCCGACCCGACGAUUAUUGACACGGAGAGAGAGAGAGAGAGAGUCCACGCCAACGAUCGCCGUAACCCAACGAAUCGAACAUCGUUUCGUCGCUGUGAAUUUUAACACGAAUAAUUUCCUUCUCGCGAAUAUCUUUCCGUUGGUGUAUUUCUGGAUUCUCGAUAUAUGCUUGCCUCAGAUUUCUCCUGUUUCUCCGACGCCUCUUGAGCUUUCCGUCGAUUCCGGGAGGUUGAGAGAGAGUGGGGAUCGAGAAAGAAAAGAAGGCCUUGGUGGAGAGAUUUGGAGAAGGCGAGGAAGAAGAUGAUAACGAGAUCGAAUCUAGCUGAGCAGCUGAGGGAAUAUCAGAUUAGAUCAAAGCAUGAUUGGGCCUCCGUUUCUUUCUUCUCUUCCACCUCGAAUUUCUCUUCGUCCAGAUCAUCCAACACCAUCGUUAAGGUUCGAUGUCGUGGUCUUUGUCAUAUGGGAACUAGUGAUCUUAGCAUUCCUGGUGUUUUCAGCAGUAUCCUUGUACUUCAGGCGGCUGGAACUCGCAUUCAUCCUGGUUUGUGUCAGCUUACUAUUACUUGUCUCUAUGAAAAUCACAAAGCAAGUGAGACUAGCCAGGAAGAAGAAGCGAAGGAUGCUUCUUCCUCUCUCUAUGUAAAGACUGGACACUUUGAGCAUUUUUCCAAACCUUUUAUCUUCUCACGCAGCCAAACUCAACUGUUCCCUGGAACGAACUCGUACCCAUAUGCAUCAAUGAAGAUGAAAUUUAGGCGCAGACUGACUCUGGGACGCAUCGCCGCUCUGUCCAUAGAAGAAGAGAGACCUGACCUGAGUUAGGAAACCUGACUCUGGGACGUAAUCGCUCUGUCUACGUUACUCGGAACAUAAGUUGGUUCAAAAAGUUGUUUUCCUGUAUAAAGUGGUUCUGAAACCAGACAUGUUUAGAGGUAAAAGCGAAGGGGAAAUAGUAUGGAGGUUGCAUUGUUUUCUGCUUGGCACGAUCACGGAAGAUUUUGUUUAUUUAAGCAUCUUUGUGUGAUUAGUUUGCCAUCUAACUUUUAAAAAGAAUGGUUUGCAGGAUUUUCAUGUGACUAGAAAAUAGAAAACAAAAGAACACUCUUGAAAGUGAAAGAGAGUACUAUAAAAUAAAAAAGUAGCAAGCAACUUGCUCGAAACGAACGCUCACAUGUUUCGAUCACCGCCACUACAUCUCACAUUGGCCCUCCCCAACCACUAGAGUAUUUUGAUUUGAAUAUUUGAAUAAUGCUAUAAUAGCUUCUAUUAUAUGUAUUGUUAUGAUAUGUUAAUACAAAA